GCGCGCUGUUUCCGGGAGUCGCUGCCGUAGUGUCCGCUGUUGCUGCCGCUGUGGCCGCUGGCCGCUUUCGCCGCGGAACUCUGCGAGUGGAACGGCUGAGGCGGGCCCUGGUUAGGCCGGGGUUCCGGCCGCUCGACAAGAAUGGAGAUAAUCAGGAGCAAUUUUAAGAGUAACCUUCACAAAGUGUACCAGGCCAUAGAGGAGGCCGACUUCUUCGCCAUCGAUGGGGAGUUUUCAGGUAUCAGCGAUGGACCCUCAGUCACUGCAUUAACAAAUGGUUUUGACACUCCAGAAGAAAGAUACCAGAAGCUUAAAAAGCAUUCCAUGGACUUUUUGCUGUUUCAGUUUGGCCUUUGCACUUUUAAGUAUGACCACACAGAUUCAAAGUAUAUAACGAAGUCAUUUAACUUCUAUGUUUUCCCAAAACCCUUCAGUAGAUCCUCACCAGAUGUCAAAUUUGUUUGUCAGAGCUCCAGCAUUGACUUUCUGGCAAGCCAAGGAUUCGACUUUAAUAAAGUUUUUCGCAAUGGAAUUCCGUAUUUAAACCAGGAGGAAGAAAGACAGUUAAGAGAGCAGUAUGGUGAGAAGCGCUCGCAGGCCAAUGGCGCAGGAGGCCCUGCCUACGUGUCCCCCAACCCUUCCAAGCACCCUGUGACGAUUCCCGAGGAUCAGAAGAAGUUUAUUGACCAAGUGGUAGAGAAAAUAGAAGAUCUGUUACAAAGUGAAGAAAACAAAAAUUUGGAUUUAGAGCCAUGUACUGGGUUCCAAAGAAAAUUGAUUUAUCAAACUUUAAGCCAAAAAUACCCCAAAGGCAUUCAUGUUGAGACCUUGGAGACGGAGAAGAAGGAGCGAUAUCUAGUUAUCAGCAAAGUAGAUGAAGAAGAACGCAAACGGAGAGAGCAGCAGAAGCACGCCAAGGAACAGGAAGAACUGAAUGACGCCGUGGGAUUUUCUAGAGUCGUUCAUGCCAUUGCAAAUUCGGGAAAGCUCGUGAUUGGACACAACAUGCUCCUGGAUGUCAUGCACACAGUUCAUCAGUUCUACUGCCCUCUGCCUGCGGACUUAAAUGAGUUUAAGGAGAUGACAACAUGUGUUUUUCCCAGACUUUUGGAUACGAAGUUGAUGGCCAGCACACAACCCUUUAAGGAUAUCAUUAGCAACACAUCCCUGGCAGAAUUGGAAAAGCGGUUAAAGGAGACGCCUUUCAGCCCUCCUAAAGUUGAAAGUGCAGAAGGUUUUCCCAGUUACGACACAGCUUCUGAGCAGCUGCAUGAGGCCGGCUAUGAUGCUUAUAUCACAGGACUCUGCUUCAUCUCCAUGGCCAACUAUCUAGGUUCUUUCCUCAGCCCUCCAAAAGUUCAUGUGUCUGCCAGAUCAAAACUUGUAGCACCUUUUUUUAACAAGUUAUUUCUUAUGAGAGUCAUGGAUAUCCCCUAUCUAAACUUAGAAGGACCAGACUUGCAGCCUAAACGGGAUCAUGUUCUCCACGUGACAUUCCCCAAAGAGUGGAAGACGAGCGACCUUUACCAGCUCUUCAGUGCCUUUGGUAACAUUCAGAUAUCCUGGAUUGAUGACACGUCAGCAUUUGUUUCCCUCAGCCAGCCUGAGCAGGUGCAGAUUGCUGUCAAUACCAGCAGAUAUGCAGAAAGCUAUCGGAUCCAGACCUAUGCUGAGUACGUGGGGAAGAAGCAGGAAGAGAAGCAGAUCAAAAGAAAAUGGACAGACAGCUGGAAGGAGGUGGAGAGGAGGCGGUUAAGCACGCAGAGUAUAGGCUCCACGCUGCAGGAUCACUGCUAUGGCGACCACGGUUUGACGGCCAGCAGCACAGCAGGCAAAAGAAGCCUGAGCCCUCCUCCCAGAGAAGCAGGCCUAGAGGACAGAAGCCUGGCGGAGAUGUCUGACGCCGAGCAGGAGCAGUCGGAUUCCUGCGCAGAAUCCCUCCCAGAGAGCAGGAAAAAGGCCAAGAAAUUUAAAAGGAUGAAGAAAGAGCUGUCUCCAACAGGAAGCAUCUUGAAGUGUCUUGGGCAGUCCUGCCAACCUCUUUGAAGUUCCUGACACGUGGUAACCAAAACCGAGGGAGAAGCCAGGUACGGUGCUGUCACCGAGGAGCCAACAACACAUUUGGAAGCUCUGCUGUCCUGAUCCUGGAAAAUGGCGUGGGAGGGACUUCCGACCACAGGUGUCUCCUGAAGAUAACUGUUUUUAUUUUUGUGGCUGUGUUCCUUUUCCCCUUUUUAAUCUACACUAACUGUUGACACUCCUCACAGUUGUAAGCUGUCACAAAUGUAUAUUAACCAGUUAAUCACUUGGGACUCCC